CAGCCAACUCCUGAAUCGCCAUCAGCCCAGCAUCAGUCUGAAUUUGACGACUUCAACGAUAGGAUGUCUUUUGCAAAUUAAAAAAUGACGCCGUCUUAUCAGUUGGUCCUGCGGGGCCUCUGAUGCGGCGGCGGCCUUCACCGCCGCCAUUGGGCCACGCGGGCCCCAGGCUACCGCAAGGGCCAAGAGGCCGGAGGAGGUGGAGAAGGAGGCCCGAGCCCGCGUCGUCUCCGGGGGCGGUGACCCUGGGAACCCCAUGCUGGUGCUGGGCUGCCACAGCAUCCAGCUGGGCAAGUACCAGGGUCAGACCCUCAGGUGGCCCCUGGAGAACGACGUGGGCUACGCCUGCCAUGUGGUCGCCAGUCAACGGCGGGAGCGGGAGACGAGUGCCUCGGACAGCUCGCUCAUGGCCAACAAGGACAGCCUCGCCCGGUACUCCUGCGCCCACCCCGCUUCUGCAGAGCACCUCAAGUUCCGCCGGGCGCAGGAGGAGGCCCGGGCUCGCGCCACUCUGCCCGGCUACGUCAAGUGGCUACGGCGGAAGACACCACAGCCUGGGAGCGCCAUGGACGUCGCCAUAAAGUACAUUCUGGGCCGAGACAAGGAGCGGUCGGCGGAGGCGGCUGCUACGCCCCCUCCGCCCGCCAGCAGCAGGACCAGCAGCGGCCCCAGCACCACCACCAGCCAGGCCGCUGCUUCCACCGUGCUGCCGCCCCGCAAGCCGAACGCUCCCAUUUUCUCGGCCCUUGUACGCGGGCGUCCGAUGGGCCCAGGGGAGCUGAAGGCCCGGAUCAGGAAACCGAUGACCCCACCAGCACGGCCUGCAGUUCCAGCGGUGUCUUCCGUCAGAGACCAGCGCCCCUCGGUUCCGCCGCCCCCCCACCACAGAGGUGACGGACGAGGAGCUGGUCCGGACGGUCACUGA